CAGAUGCUAAUGGCUACUUCAAGUCUUUCAUUAAAGGAGUUUGGAAGGCGUUUCCGUAAAGCAUUAUCAGUUCCAUUUCUUCUAAAUCAGGUGUGCUCUACCAAUAUACAGGAAUUUGUGGAGUCCUAUGCUGCAUCUUUAGGGUGUUCGGAAAAAUCUCUUUUCUUUCCUUUAUUAACUUGUGCAGCUGCUUGUAUGGGUACUGAUUGUUAUAUUGAGUUAACUAGUCACUGGCAUGAACCUCCUAUUUUGUGGACUUUAGUUAUUACGCCUAAAACUCUUCUGCGAAUUGAUGUUGCAGAACAUUUAAAACAAUUGCUUUUGAAAGCACAAAAUGAAGUUUGGGUUCUUGAACAUAGUGAGGACACAAAAGAUCAUCUGAGGAAGUUCCUUUUUGACUUGCUUACUUUAGAUCAGCUUCAUGAAAUGCUAAAAUUAAGUAAUGGACAUGGUUUAGCUAUUUAUAAUAGUGUUCGUUCUCUUCAUAAAGUUAUGGUGACUCCAGAAGAUGCUGAUAUUAUGUUUAGAUUAUAUUCUGGUUUAGGAUGGUUUGCUGAUUCCCGUGUAACUAGAAAUACUGUAUCCAAAACAAGAGUAAAUUUUUCCAUUAUAUCCACACCCACUAAUGUUCAUCAGGCUUUAACUACUUCUCCUAAUUUUCCAGAACUCUUUCAUCAGUGUUUCUUAACAACAUGUUCUGAAGAAAAUCACGUGAAAUUUGGACAGCUUUCAGUAGUUUCUGAAACAGAAAAAUUAUUAGAAAUUUUUACCUCAUUGUUAAAAUUGCAUUCCAUGAAGGGACCAAUUGUAUAUAAACUAAGUUCAGAAGCUACCGAAAAAUUUAGCCAAAUUCAUGAUGAGCUAACUGAUAAAGCUAAACAGAUGGCUAGGAAAAAUGCUCAUAAAGUUUUUCAGCCUGCUCUUUCAUAUCUUGGACGUUUAAGCUGUGUUCUUCAUGUUUUAGACAAUGUAUUAGAAUCAAUUAAUUAUAAAGUGCCCAUUACCCAGUUAACAUGGAGUACAGAAAUUAGUGCAUCUACUGUGUGGCAAGCAAGAGAACUUCUGGGACAUGUAGUUGAACAGCGUCAUGCAUUAAUGGAACAAACUAUGAUUGAGGCUUCUCAACCAAAGAAUGUACGUACUCCUGCCAUAGAUCUUGUUGAUGGACAAACUGCUCCUCGGCAACAAAGAAGUCCUUAUACUGCACAUACACCACCAAUAAAUUCUAUGCAAAGAAGCCCAGUUCCAGUACAAAGACCUCCUUUUUCACCUAGUAUAGCAAGGCGGAAUUUAAUGAACACUCGAGUUCGAACUCCGACCCGAGGAACUUUUGAACCUUUGUUAAAUCAAAGUAAUGAACGGCGUAAUGUGGAGCCUAUCAUUGCAUCUGUUUCCUCGGCAGGAUUGCCUGUUACAAGAGAAGAACCUGCAUUUCGUCCUGUUAUUAGUAGCUGUGAAACUUUGGCUAAUUCUGCAAAUAAUAGUUUAAAUGCUGAAUUAAAUUUGCCACCAACAUUAUCUGUAUCAGUAUCAGAUGAAUCAGAACCUUCUCAACCAGUUCUUCUUUCACGAACACCUUUCACAUCUGUUCGUGAUGUAUCAAAGGAAGAUUUUUUAAAAUCUCAUAGAAGUUCUGUGAGAAAGUUGCUAAUGCAUGGUAUAAGCCAGAUAUCGGCAUCUCGCUGUGUACAAUUAAAACUUACACCAGAUCCAACUGCAUCAGAGGAGGGACAAAUUUACAAUUCUAGUUUUGCACGUUCCUUUCUAAAAAAACUUGAAUCAUUAGGUUUUGGAGUUUGUGAUGGUCCCAAAAGUGGCAACCUCCGUCAUUUUAUUUUUAAGAAAAAAAAAUUUAGUGCUUUGACUGAAGAACAGAAGCAGAUUUUAUCUGACAUAAAUAUAAGUGAGAGAGAUUAUAAUAAAUGUUUUACUCUUCCCGCUGUGCAAGAAAGUAAGCAGAAUGGAAGUGUUGUUUGUUUAGAGUAAUUGAGGAAACAAUUGAAUGAAAUGUAGCAUAAUAUGUAUUAAUAAACCAAGUUAUUUAAAA